AUGGGUUGCGGAAUGAGCACAGAGGAGAAGGAGGGCAAGGCCCGUAACGAGGAGAUCGAGAAUCAGCUCAAGCGCGACAAGAUGAUGCAGCGAAACGAGAUCAAGAUGCUGCUGCUCGGUGCCGGUGAAUCCGGAAAGUCUACUAUCCUGAAGCAGAUGAAGCUCAUCCACGAGGGUGGUUACUCGCGCGAUGAGCGAGAAUCCUUCAAGGAAAUCAUCUUCAGCAACACCGUUCAAUCAAUGCGCGUUAUUCUCGAGGCUAUGGAGUCUCUUGAACUGCCUCUUGAGGACCAGCGCAUGGAGUACCAUGUCCAGACCAUUUUCAUGCAACCAGCUCAGAUUGAGGGUGAUGUCCUUCCCCCAGAGGUCGGCAGCGCAAUUGAGGCUUUGUGGAAGGACCGCGGUGUGCAAGAGUGUUUCAAGCGCUCCCGCGAGUACCAGCUUAACGACUCUGCUCGAUACUACUUCGACAACAUUGCACGUAUCGCUGCUCCCGAUUACAUGCCCAACGACCAGGACGUUCUCCGAUCCCGUGUCAAGACCACAGGUAUCACCGAGACCACUUUCAUCAUCGGCGACCUUACAUACCGAAUGUUCGACGUUGGUGGUCAAAGAUCCGAGCGAAAGAAGUGGAUUCACUGCUUCGAGAACGUUACCACUAUUCUCUUCCUGGUCGCCAUCUCAGAAUACGAUCAGCUCCUUUUCGAAGAUGAGACCGUCAACCGAAUGCAGGAGGCUCUUACUCUGUUCGACUCCAUCUGCAACUCAAGGUGGUUCAUCAAAACAUCGAUCAUUCUGUUCCUUAACAAGAUCGAUCGAUUCAAGGAGAAGCUGCCUGUCAGCCCCAUGAAGAACUACUUCCCCGAUUACGAGGGCGGCGACGACUACGCUGCGGCUUGCGAUUACAUCCUCAACCGCUUCGUUAGCUUGAACCAACAUGAGACCAAGCAGAUCUACACCCAUUUCACUUGUGCAACCGAUACCACUCAGAUCCGCUUUGUCAUGGCGGCUGUCAACGAUAUCAUCAUCCAAGAGAACCUUCGUCUCUGUGGUCUUAUCUAA